GGAUUUUUUCAUAAGCAUGUCUGAGACGCUGAAAUAUAAUGAUGAUGACCAUAAAACUGUAUUUUUAAAGACCCUUAAUGAGCAAAGACUUGAAGGUGAAUUUUGUGAUAUUGCUAUUGUGGUUGAAGAUGUAAAAUUUAGGGCACAUAGGUGUGUACUUGCUGCUUGCAGUACAUACUUUAAAAAACUUUUCAAGAAGCUGGAAGUUGAUAGUUCCUCUGUCAUAGAAAUUGAUUUCCUGAGGUCUGACAUAUUUGAGGAGGUCCUCAACUAUAUGUACACUGCUAAAAUUGCAGUUAAAAAGGAGGAUGUGAAUCUAAUGAUGUCCUCAGGCCAAAUACUUGGUAUAAGAUUUCUGGAUAAAUUAUGCUCUCAAAAACGUGAUGUUUCCACCUCAGAUGAAAACCCUUCUUCUCCAAAAAAUAAAUAUGCUUAUGAAACCAGCUUAAAGAUAAGUCGUCCAGGUGGUGAGGCCAAUGACAAUCAAGAUGAUGAAGUUGAAGAGAUUGGAGAUCAUGAGGAUAGUCCUUCAGAUGACACAGUUGAAGGAACUCCUCAGAGCCACGAAGAAGAAAAAUCACCUACCUCUACUCUACGAGUUCAAGAGGCCAUUCUAAAAGAAUUAGGAAGUGAAGAAGUGCGAAAAGUCAAUUGUUAUGGUCAAGAAGUUGAGACAAUGGAGACAACUGAACCUAAGGAUUUAGGGUCACAGACACCUCAAGCUCUAACUUAUAAUGAUAGCAUUAAUGAAGUAAAAGAUGAACAAGCACAGGCAUGGACAACGACAGGUGAUAUGAAAUUUGAGUACUUGCUUUAUGGUCAUAGGGAGCAGUUUGCAUGCCAAGCUUGUGGGAAGACUUUUACAGAUGAGGCUCGUCUGAGAAAGCAUAAGAAGCUGCACACAGCUGACAGACCAUUUGUAUGUGAAAUGUGUGCCAAGGCUUUUACCACACAGGCACACCUAAAGGAGCAUUUGAAAAUUCAUACAGGAUACAAGCCCUACAGUUGUGAAGUGUGCGCCAAAUCUUUUAUCCGUGCCCCAGAUCUCAAGAAGCAUGAGCGAGUACACAGUAAUGAGAGGCCAUUUGCAUGCCACCAUUGUGAUAAAGCAUUUAAACACAAAUCCCACCUUAAAGACCAUGAGAGAAGACACAGAGGCGAGAAACCAUUUAUUUGCGCUUCAUGCCCAAAAGCAUUUGCCAAGGCUUCUGAUUUAAAACGUCAUGAAAACAAUAUGCAUAGCGAACAGCGCAAACAGGUGACAAGUAAUGCCAUUCAAAGUGAAACAGAGCAAUUACAAGCAGCAGCUAUGGCUGCUGAAGCAGAACAGCAACUUGAAACUAUUGCUUGCAGUUAA